AUGGAUGGUCCUCGAAAGAUAGGCCAGCUACCUUUACAUCUCCAGGUGCAGCACUUCCGCAAAGCGGUCUCCACCAAUCCGACGCUCCUCACAAUCCUCAAGCUGGCGCCGCAACUCAAAUUGACCCAUUGGUACCUCGCUGCCGGAUCCAUCACGCAGACAGUGUGGAACUACGUAUCAGGUCUAGACCCUGAGACGGGCAUCUCGGACUACGACCUCGUAUACUACGAUGCGUCAGAUCUAUCAUGGGAGGCGGAGGAUAGGGUCAUCCAGGCAAGCAAGAAGCUCUUCGCCGGUAUAACAACAGAGGUGGAGACCCUAGAGGACGGGAUCGACAAUUUCAUUUCGAAUACCGCUAUCAUUGGUGUGCGAAUAAGGGAGGACACGAAGGGGCAGCAGGAAGAGGACGAAUGGGAUAUUUACGCGCCAUGGGGGUUAGCAGAUAUGUUCAACCUAGUCGUAAAACCAAACCCUGUUCUUGGAAAUAGGGAAUCGUAUGAGAAGAAGGUGGAAAGGUGGAAGACGAUUUGGACAGGGCUGACGAUCGACCCAUGGCCGAGGGAAUAG